AUGGCAGAGGCCACCCUCCACAACGCCCCGAUCGUCAUCGACAAUGGCAGCGGGACCAUCCGCGCCGGGUUUGCCGGUGAGGAAAUCCCCUCGUGCUACUUCCCCUCGUUCGUGGGCCGGCCCAAACACCCGCGGGUCAUGGCCGGCGGUCUCGAAGGCGACGUCUUCAUCGGCCAGCGCGCGCAGGAAUUGCGCGGCCUGCUCAAGAUCCGCUACCCGCUCGAGCACGGCAUCGUCACCGACUGGGACGACAUGGAGAAGAUCUGGCACUACGUCUACGAGAACGAGCUGAAGACCCUGCCCGAGGAACACCCCGUGCUCCUGACCGAACCGCCGCUCAACCCGCGCAAGAACCGCGACACCGCCGCUCAGAUCAUGUUCGAGACCUUCAACGUCCCCGCCCUGUACACCUCCAUCCAGGCCGUGCUGUCACUGUACGCCUCCGGGCGCACCACCGGUGUCGUGCUGGAUGCUGGCGACGGCGUGUCCCAUGCGGUGCCCGUCUUCGAGGGCUUCGCUAUCCCUAACAGUAUACGGCGGAUCGAUGUGGCGGGACGUGAUGUCACGGAACAGCUGCAAUUGCUGCUGCGGAAGAAUGGCCAUGUGCUCCAUACCAGUGCGGAGAAGGAGGUCGUCCGCAUGAUCAAGGAGAAGGUGUGCUAUGUUUCGCUGGAUCCGAAGCGCGAGGAGAAGGAUUGGAUGAAUAGCUAUCACAAGUCGGAGACGAAGUCGGUGGAUUACGCCUUGCCUGACGGACACAAGAUCAAGAUCGGUCAAGAGCGCUACCGCGCCCCGGAGAUCCUCUUCGACCCGGAACUCAUUGGGUUGGAGUACCCCGGUGUUCAUCAGAUUGUGCAGGACGCUAUCACUCGGACAGAUCUCGAUCUGCGGAAGUCCCUGUAUCUGAACAUCGUCCUGUCGGGUGGAUCGACGCUCUGCAAGAACUUCCCGGACCGGUUGAUGCGCGAGAUCAAGCGCCUGGCUGUCGAGGACAUGAAGAUCCGGAUCUCUGCUCCUGCGGAGCGGAAAUACACGACAUGGAUUGGAGGUGGCAUCUUGGCCGGUCUGAGCACGUUCCGGAAGAUGUGGGUAAGCGCAGACGAAUGGCACGAAGACCCCGAGAUCAUCCACCGGAAAUUCGCCUAA